GGUACGCGCGAAAUCGCCUCCCGCCGUCUCCCCGCCUGCUGCCUUGCCGGUCCCGAUGCCCGCUCGGGCCACCCCGUUGACCUCGGAGGAGCUGCGCAGGCGGCUAAAAGACCUGGAGAGCGAUGAAGACGGUCUUGGUGAAAGAGAAUGUGUUCAGGAAAAGCUGAGUCUGAUACAUGGCUUCUUGCAAGCAGAUGUUCAGAAUCAGCUGAAGGACCUGGAGACCAAGUUUUGCAAAGAGGAGCUUUCUGAGGAACGGUACCUGGCCAAAGUCAAAGCCCUGCUCCACAAAGAACUCUCUUUGGAAAAUGGAGACAAGCUGGAACUUGGCCAGAAGCCCAACGGCUGCACAGAAAAUGGCGCCUAUGGCAGUGACGAAGAACCUGAGAGGACGGGGAACAAGGAGGAAGAGGACAGUGCCAUGGAGACUGAGGAGGCCGCCGCCUCUUCCUCUACGCCGUUGGCCUCUCCAUCUUUGCCAAAAGCCCGCCGGGGCAGGAGGAGCAAAUCCAACAGCGAGAAUAGAAAAACCCCAAGGAGUUCAAGGAUCACCCGUAGUUCCGGCAAGCAGCCCACCAUCGCAGCGAUGUUUUCCAAAGUGUCCAAUAAACGCAAAUCAGAGGAAGUAAACGGAGAGCUGAAACAAGCUAAUGUAGAAAACGAGGAGGAGGUGGAGGAGGAAGAGGAGCAGUCUGGAGAGAAGGAACCAGAUGAGAAAAGAAUCAAAAUAGAAACCAAAGAAGGGACUGAGAUAAAAGAAGAAGCAGCCCAGGUUAAAACUGUGUCAUCUGUUAAAACCACCCCUCCCAAAUGCGUUGAAUGCAGACAGUACCUAGAUGACCCUGACCUCAAGUUCUUCCAGGGGGAUCCUGACGAUGCACUGGAUGAGCCAGAGAUGCUGACUGAUGAACGGUUGUCCAUUUUCGAUGCCAAUGAAGACGGGUUUGAGAGUUACGAUGACCUGCCCCAACACAAAGUGACGUUCUUCAGUGUUUACGAUCGAAAAGGUCAUCUGUGCCCAUUUGAUACUGGUCUCAUAGAAAGGAAUAUUGAACUCUACUUCAGCGGCGCUGUGAAGCCAAUAUAUGAUGAUAACCCUUGCCUAGAUGGCGGUGUCCGAGCCAGGAAGAUGGGCCCCAUCAAUGCAUGGUGGAUCACUGGCUUUGACGGAGGGGAGAAGGCUUUGAUUGGCUUCACCACAGCUUUUGCGGACUACAUCCUGAUGGAGCCGAGCGACGAAUACGCCCCCAUCUUUGCCCUGAUGCAGGAGAAGAUCUACAUGAGCAAGAUCGUUGUGGAAUUCUUGCAAAACAACCCUGACGUCAGCUACGAGGACUUGCUGAACAAGAUUGAGACCACAGUCCCUCCCGCUGGCCUGAACUUCAACCGUUUCACAGAAGAUUCCCUCCUCCGGCAUGCCCAGUUUGUGGUGGAGCAAGUGGAAAGCUACGAUGAAGCAGGAGACAGUGACGAACCUCCCGUUCUCAUCACCCCCUGCAUGAGAGACCUGAUUAAGCUGGCUGGAGUCACUCUGGGAAAGAGGCGGGCAGCCAGAAGGCAGGCCAUCAGGCACCCCACCAAGAUCGACAAGGACAAAGGACCCACCAAAGCCACCACUACCAAGCUGGUCUAUUUGAUCUUUGACACUUUCUUCUCGGAGCAAAUAGAGAAGAAUGAGAAAGAGGAAGACAAGGAGAAUGCAAUGAAACGCAGGCGCUGUGGCGUCUGUGAGGUUUGCCAGCAGCCGGAGUGCGGCAAAUGCAAGGCUUGUCAGGAUAUGAUUAAGUUUGGUGGCAGUGGGAAGUCAAAACAAGCCUGCCAACAGCGGAGGUGCCCCAACCUGGCUGUGAAAGAAGCUGAUGAAGACGAAGAGGUGGACGAUAACAUCCCUGAAGUGCCCUCGCCCAAAAAGAUGCUGCAAGGGAGGAAGAAGAAGCAAAGCAAAAGCCGGAUUUCCUGGGUGGGAGACCCUGUCAAGAGUGAUGGUAAGAAGCACUAUUACCAGAAGGUUUGCAUCGAUUCGGAGACCCUGCAAAUCGGCGACUGUGUUUCUGUCAGCCCCGAUGACCUCACGAAACCUCUCUAUCUGGCAAGAGUCACAGCCAUGUGGGAAGAUGCUAACAAUGAGCCAAUGUUCCACGUCCACUGGUUCUGCCGUGGCACCGACACCGUCCUGGGAGCAACCUCUGACCCGCUGGAACUCUUCUUGGUGGAUGAAUGCGAAGACAUGCAGUUGGCUUACAUCCACGGCAAAGUCAAUGUCCUUUACAAGGCUCCCUCGGAAAACUGGGCCCUGGAGGGAGGACUUGAUAUGGAGAUCAAGAUGGUGGAAGAUGAUGGCAGAACCUAUUUUUACCAAAUGUGGUAUGAUCAAGAGUAUGCCAGGUUUGAGACUCCACCAAAGAUCCAGCCCACGGAAGACAACAAACACAAGUUCUGCAUGAGCUGUACUCGUUUAGAUGAGGUCAGGCAGAAGGAAAUCCCCAAAGUCUUGGAGCCCCAGGAGGAGUCGGAAGCGAAGAUGUUCUAUGGCAUGGCGACAAAAAACGGAGUGCAGUACCGGGUGGGAGAUGGCGUUUUCCUCCCACCGGAUGCCUUCCCGUUCAGCCUGAGACUAGCCAGUCCUGUCAAGCGUCAGAAAAAGGAAGCCGUGAAUGAGGAGCUGUACCCCGAGCACUACCGCAAGUACUCUGAAUACAUCAAAGGGAGCAACCAGGAUGCACCUGAACCGUACCGCAUUGGCCGGAUCAAGGCAAUCUACUGCAACAUCCGCAGCAGCGGCAGGCCCAAUGAGGCAGAAAUCAAGCUGCGUGUGUACAAACUGUACAGGCCGGAGAACACCCACAAAUCCGUGAAAGCCAGCUACCAUGCAGACAUCAACUUGCUAUACUGGAGCGACGAAGAAGCCACGGUGGAGUUCAGAGAUGUGCAGGGCCGCUGCAUGGUGGUGUAUGGGGAGGAUUUGACGGAAAACAUCCAGGAGUACUCUGCCAGUGGCUCUGAUCGUUUCUACUUCCUAGAGGCAUAUAAUGCAAAAACAAAAAGCUUUGAAGAUCCCCCUUAUCACGCCCGUAGCUCUGGAAAUAAAGGAAAGGGGAAAGGAAAAGGGAAAGGUAAAAGCAAAGGAAAGUCUUCCGGAGCAUCUGAGCCCAGCGAGCUUGAAGCCGCUGAGAUGAAACCACCAAAGCUGCGCAGCUUAGACGUCUUCUCUGGCUGCGGAGGCUUGUCAGAGGGGUUCCACCAAGCAGAGGUCACAGAGACUCUGUGGGCCAUCGAAAUGUGGGAACCGGCUGCGCAGGCCUUCCGCCUCAACAACCCCGGCACCACCGUGUUCACAGAGGACUGCAACGUCCUGCUGAAGCUGGUGAUGUCUGGCGAGAAGACCAACUCCUUGGGCCAGAAGCUGCCUCAGAAGGGCGACGUGGAGAUGCUGUGCGGUGGGCCGCCUUGCCAAGGCUUCAGCGGGAUGAACCGCUUCAAUUCCCGCACCUAUUCGAAGUUCAAGAAUUCCCUGGUGGUCUCCUUCCUCAGCUACUGCGACUACUACAGGCCGAGGUACUUCCUACUUGAGAAUGUGAGGAACUUCGUCUCAUUCAAGCGCUCCAUGGUGUUAAAGCUCACCCUGCGGUGCCUUGUCCGGAUGGGAUACCAGUGCACUUUCGGGGUGCUGCAGGCUGGCCAGUAUGGUGUGGCCCAAACACGCAGGAGAGCCAUUGUGCUGGCUGCAGCUCCUGGAGAGAAACUCCCCAUGUUUCCUGAGCCUCUGCACGUCUUUGCUCCCCGGGUCUGCCAGCUCAGUGUGGUGGUGGAUGAUAAGAAGUUCGUUAGCAAUAUCACAAGGACCUACUCAGGCCCCUUCCGAACCAUCACCGUCCGAGACACCAUGUCUGACCUUCCCGAGAUCAGGAACGGGGCAUCAGCACUUGAAAUCUCCUACAACGGGGAGCCGCAGUCCUGGUUCCAGAGGCAGAUCCGAGGCUCCCAGUAUCAGCCCAUCCUCAGGGAUCAUAUCUGCAAGGAUAUGAGUGCGCUGGUAGCCGCUCGGAUGAGACACAUUCCCCUGGCCCCGGGCUCAGACUGGCGUGACCUGCCCAACUUUGAAGUGCGCCUCUCGGACGGCAUCACCACUCGCAAGCUGCGCUACACGCACCACGACAAGAAGAACGGACGGAGCAGCGCGGGAGCCCUGCGGGGCGUCUGCUCCUGCGCCGAAGGCAAACAGUGUGACCCUGCAGACCGGCAAUUCAACACCCUGAUCCCUUGGUGCCUGCCCCAUACGGGCAACCGGCACAACCACUGGGCUGGCUUGUAUGGACGGUUAGAGUGGGAUGGAUUCUUCAGCACAACAGUCACCAACCCCGAGCCCAUGGGGAAACAGGGCCGUGUGCUUCAUCCCGAACAGCACCGGGUGGUGAGCGUGCGGGAGUGCGCGCGGUCCCAGGGUUUCCCAGAUACCUACAGACUGUUUGGAAAUGUACUCGACAAGCACCGACAGGUGGGUAACGCAGUGCCUCCCCCUCUGGCAAAAGCCAUCGGUCUAGAGAUCAAAGUGUGUGUGUUGGCCAAAAUGAAAGAGGAUGCUACAGAUACCAUCAAACGGGAAAAGAUGGAUACUUCCAAUUAAUUUGUAAAUUGCCCAUCUCCUGCUGCACCUCGGUUCCAGCACCUGAACACCCAAACAUGCACUGAUAAUUUUUUAAUUCUCUUCUUUUUUUUAUUUCUGGUUUACUUUCUUACUUCUGGACACCCUAAAAAUUGUUGGAGGUUUUUGUUUGUUUGGCGGCGGGGCGGGGGGGAUUAUUUUGUGUUCUCUCACUUUCUUUGUGUUCUCCAUCUGCAAGCCUGUAUUUGUGAGCAGUGUUUGUCUAAUGGCUGACAUUCUGAGGCUGUUUCGAUGUUCCAAAUAACCAUUCUCAAGUGAUCAACUGUGCAGUGGCUGCCACUUCAUGCGUGUGUGUGUGUGUGUGUGUGUGUGUGUGUGUGUGUGUGUGUGUGUUUUGCUGGGAGGAGGUUAAGGAUGUUUUUGUUAUGCAUUGUAUUGAAAAUUAAUCAACCACUUUGUACAAGUGGAAAUUAAUACUUUAUGUAGUUUUUAUAUGUUGUAAUAUUUCUUCAAAUAAAUCUCUCCUAUAAAUUA